AUGGUACAUUUCAUUAAUGACACUUCUUCAAAUUUUGGAACUAUUUUUGUGCUUAACGCAAGUUUGUUAAAUCCAACGAUGGAGCAGAUUCCACCCCCAAAGGAGGUGAAGAUCCUUGAAACUGCUGAGGAUAUCCAGGAGCGCAGAGAGCAGGUGCUGAACCGCUAUGAAGACUUCAAGCAGGAGGCACGUGCUAAGCGCGAGAAGUUGGAAGACUCGCGCCGCUUCCAAUACUUCAAACGGGACGCGGACGAGCUCGAGUCUUGGAUCCAGGAGAAGCUGCAGGCAGCCAGCGAUGAGAGCUACAAGGACCCCACCAACUUGCAGGCCAAGAUCCAGAAGCACCAGGCGUUCGAGGCCGAGGUGGCGGCGCACUCCAAUGCGAUAGUGGUGCUGGACAACACCGGCAGCGAAAUGAUAGCCGCCUGCCACUUCGCGUCGGAGACCAUACGCCGCCGCCUCGACGAGCUCCACCGCCUCUGGGAGCUGCUGCUCUCCCGCCUCGCCGAGAAGGGCAUGAAGCUGCAGCAGGCUCUGGUGCUGGUGCAGUUCCUGCGCCAUUGCGACGAGGUCAUGUUCUGGAUCCACGACAAGGAGACGUUUGUGUGCGCGGACGAGUUCGGCAGCGACCUGGAGCACGUGGAGGUGCUGCAGAGGAAGUUCGACGAGUUCCAGAAGGACAUGGCGGCGCAGGAGUACCGCGUCACCGAGGUCAACCAGCUGGCUGAGAGGCUGGUACUCGAGGGCCAUCCAGAGCGCGAGACCAUCGUCAAGAGGAAGGACGAGCUGAACGAGGCGUGGCAGCGUCUCCGUCAGAUGGCGCUGAUGCGCCAGGAGCGCCUCUUCGGAGCCCACGAGAUCCAGCGCUUCAAUCGCGACGCCGACGAGACCAUUGCAUGGAUCUCCGAGAAGGACGUAGUUCUCGGCUCCGACGACUACGGAAGAGACCUAGCUACUGUGCAAACCCUGCAGCGCAAGCACGAAGGCGUCGAGCGCGACCUGGCCGCGCUCGAGGACAAGGUGUCGACGCUGGACGGCGAGGCGGCGCGGCUGGCCGCCAUCCACGCGGACCACGCGCCCGCCAUCCACGCGAAGCGCGACGAGAUCACCAACGCGUGGCAGAAGCUCGUGCAGAAGGCCAAGGAGCGCCGUUCGGAGCUGGAGUCGUCGUACGCGCUGCACCGGUUCCUCGCCGACUACCGCGACCUGAUGUCGUGGGUGUCGGACAUGCGCGCGCUCAUCGCGGCCGACGACCUCGCCAAGGACGUGCCCGGUGCGGAGGCCCUGCUCGAGCGCCACCAAGAGCACAAGGGCGAGAUGGAGGCGCGCGAGGACGUGAUCGCGUCGUGCUGCGCGCACGGAGAGGCACUGGCGGCGGGCGGCCACCGCGCCGCUGCUGAAGUGCAGGCGGCGCUGGACGCGCUGCGACGCGACGCGGACGCCCUCCGCGCCCUCUGGGAGCAGCGCCGCGUCCUCUACCUGCAAUGCAUGGACCUGCAGCUGUUCUACCGCGACACAGAGCAGGCGGACGCCUGGAUGCACAAGCAGGAGGCGUUCCUCGCCAAUGAAGACGUCGGCGACUCACUCGACUCCGUGGAGGCUUUGUUGAAGAAGCACGAGGACUUCGAGAAGUCCUUGGCGGCUCAAGAGGAGAAGAUCAAGGCUUUGGAUGAAUUCGCAUCGAAGCUGAUUGACGGACAGCACUACGCUGCCGAUGACGUCGCACAAAGGAGGGAGAUGUUACUAGAACGGCGAGCUGCUCUGCUAGAAAAAUCCAACCAACGCCGUGCGCUUUUGGAAGACGCCUACAAAUAUCAACAAUUUGAGCGAGACUGUGAUGAAACCAAGGGCUGGAUCAACGAGAAGCUGAAGUUCGCGACGGACGACUCGUACCUCGACCCGACCAACCUGAAUGGCAAGGUGCAGAAGCACCAGAACUUCGAGCAGGAGCUGCAGGCCAACAAGCCGCGCGUCGACGAGAUCACCGCCGCCGGAGCCAGGCUGCUGGAGCAGGAGCACUUCGCGCAGCCCCAAAUCGAAGCCCGCCUGGGCGAGCUGGCCGGCAUGUGGGAGAAGCUGGUGCAGGCAUCGGAAACGAAGGGCAGCAAGCUACAGGAGGCGGCCGCGCAGCAGCAGUUCAACCGCGCCAGCGAGGACAUCGAGCUCUGGCUCUCAGAAGUCGAGGGACAGCUACUCAGCGAGGACUAUGGCAAGGACCUGACGAGUGUGCAGAACCUGCAGAAGAAGCACGCGCUUCUAGAAGCGGAUGUCAGCUCGCACGCCGAGCGCAUCGAGGCAUUGCGCGCUCAGGCCGAGCAGUUCAUCGAGCGCGGGCACUUCGACGCCGACAAUAUCCAGUCCAAGCGGGAUGCUUUGGUCGCUCGUUAUGCGGCCCUGGAUAAGCCAAUGGCGAUCCGUAAACGGCGACUGUUGGACUCGCUGCAAGCGCAGCAGCUGUUCCGCGACUUGGACGACGAAGCCGCCUGGAUUCGCGAGAAGGAACCCAUUAUUGCUUCGACGAACAGAGGGCGCGACCUGAUCGGCGUCCAGAACCUGAUGAAGAAGCACCAGGCGGUGAUGGGCGAGAUGGCGCAGCACGAGGCGCGCGUGGAGGCGGUGCGAGCGGCGGGCGCCGCGCUGCGGGCGGCGGGACACUUCGCCGCCGAGGACAUCGCCGCGCGCCUGCACCAGCUGCACCAGCAGUGGACGCAGCUGCAGGAGAAGGCGCUCCAGCGUAAGCAAGACCUGGAGGAUUCGCUCCAAGCGCAGCAGUACUUCGCCGACGCCAACGAGGCGGAGUCUUGGAUGCGCGAGAAGGAGCCAAUGGCCAAUACUCAGGACUACGGCAAGGACGAGGACUCCUCCGAGGCGCUGCUGAAGAAGCACGAAGCUCUGCUCUCUGACCUCGAGGCUUUCGGAAACACCAUAAAGGCACUCAGAGAGCAAGCCGACUCAUGUCGGCAACAAGAGUCGCCAGUUGUGGACGUGUCAGGCAAGGAGUGCGUAGUGGCUCUCUAUGACUACGCCGAGAAGUCGCCUCGAGAGGUGUCCAUGAAGCGUGGUGAUGUCCUGACGCUGCUUAACUCUAAUAACAAGGAUUGGUGGAAGGUAGAGGUUAAUGACCGUCAAGGCUUCGUGCCUGCCGCCUACGUGAAGAAAAUCGAUGCAGGCCUCUCCUCAUCCCAGCAGAACCUCGCUGAUUCCAGCUCCAUCGCUGCCCGCCAGAACCAGAUCGAGAACCAAUAUGACAAUCUGUUGGAUCUCGCGCGAGAGAGACAGAACAAGCUCAAUGAGACCGUAAAGGCGUACGUCCUGGUGCGUGAGGCAGCCGAGCUCGCCACCUGGAUCAAAGACAAGGAGAUGCACGCACAGGUGCAGGACGUUGGCGAGGACCUGGAGCAGGUGGAGGUGAUGCAGAAGAAGUUCGACGACUUCCAGAACGACCUGCGCGCUAACGAGGUCCGCCUCGCCGAGAUGAACGAGAUCGCCGUUCAGCUCAUGACCGUAGGCCAGACAGAGGCAGCGCUCAAGAUCAAGACGCAGAUGCAGGAGCUGAACUCGAAAUGGAGCUCGCUGCAGCAGCUGACCGCGGAGCGCGCGGCCCAGUUGGGCUCCGCCCACGAGGUGCAGCGCUUCCACCGCGACGUGGACGAGACCAAGGACUGGAUCGCCGAGAAGGAGGCCGCUCUAGCCAGCGACGACCUCGGCAAGGAUCUGCGCUCCGUUCAGACUUUGCAGCGCAAGCACGAGGGCCUGGAGCGCGACCUGGCCGCGCUCGGCGACAAGAUCCGGCAGCUGGACGAGACGGCCAACCGGCUGAUGGCCACGCACGGCGACUCCGCCGACGCCACGUACAGCAAGCAGCGCGAGAUCAACGACGCCUGGCACCAGCUGCAGGCGCGCGCCAACGCACGCAAGGAGAAGCUGCUCGACUCCUACGACCUGCAGAGAUUCCUCUCGGAUUACCGCGACCUGAUGGCGUGGAUCAACUCGAUGAUGGCGCUGGUGAGCUCGGACGAGCUCGCCAACGACGUGACCGGAGCAGAGGCGCUGCUUGAAAGACACCAGACCCAGCGGCUGGAGAUAGACGCGCGAUACGGCGUAAUGCCGCAGGAGCACCGCACCGAGAUGGACGCGCGCGCCGGCACCUUCCAGGCGCUGGAGCUGUUCGGGCAGCAGCUGCUGCAGGGCGGCCACUACGCCAGCGUGGACAUCCAGGAGAAGCUCAACGCGAUGGGCGACGCCCGUCAGGAGCUCGAGAAGGCGUGGGUGGCGCGGCGCAUGAAGCUCGACCAGAACCUGGAGCUGCAGCUGUUCUACCGCGACUGCGAGCAGGCCGAGGGCUGGAUGGCGGCGCGCGAGGCCUUCCUGGCGCCCAGCGGCGAGCCCGACGCCGCCGACCAGCCCGACGCCGCCGCGGCCGACAACGUCGAGCAGCUCAUCAAGAAGCACGAGGACUUCGACAAGGCCAUCAACGCGCACGAGGAGAAGAUCGCCCAGCUGCAAACCCUCGCGGACCAGCUGAUCGCGUCCGACCACUACGCCGCCGAUCCGAUCGACAAGAAACGCAAGCAGGUGCUGGACCGCUGGCGCCACCUCAAGGAGGCGCUAAUCGAGAAGCGAUCCAGGUUGGGCGACGAGCAAACAUUACAGCAAUUCUCCCGCGAUGCCGACGAAAUGGAGAACUGGAUCGCGGAGAAGUUACAACUGGCCACAGAAGAGAGCUACAAGGACCCGGCGAACAUCCAGUCGAAGCACCAGAAGCACCAGGCGUUCGAGGCGGAGCUGGCGGCCAACGCGGAGAGGAUCCAGUCGGUGCUGGCGAUGGGCGGCAACCUGGUGCAGCGGGGCCAGUGCAGCGGCAGCGAGGACGCCGUCCAGGCUCGUCUAGCGUCUAUCGCCGACCAGUGGGAGUUCCUCACGCAAAAGACCACGGAGAAGUCGCUGAAGCUGAAGGAGGCCAACAAGCAGCGCACCUACAUCGCCGCCGUAAAGGAUCUCGACUUUUGGCUUGGAGAGGUUGAGAGCCUGCUGACAUCAGAGGACUCUGGCAAAGACCUUGCCUCGGUGCAGAACCUCAUGAAGAAGCAUCAGUUAGUCGAGGCGGAUAUCCAAGCUCACGAGGACAGAAUCAACGAUAUGAACGCGCAGGCGGACGCGCUGGUGUCGAGCGGGCAGUUCGACAGCGCGGGCAUCGGGUCGCGGCGCGCCGCCAUCAACGAGCGCUUCGAGCGCGUGCGCAACCUCGCCGCGCACCGGCGCGCCCGCCUGCACGAGGCCAACACGCUGCACCAGUUCUUCCGCGACAUCGCCGACGAGGAGUCCUGGAUCAAGGAGAAGAAACUGCUCGUGGCGUCUGACGAUUACGGUCGUGACCUGACCGGUGUACAGAACCUGCUGAAGAAGCAUAAGCGUCUCGAAGCGGAGCUGGCCAGCCACGAGCCAGCCAUCCAGGCGGUGCAGGAGGCCGGCGAAAAACUCAUGGACGUGUCGAACCUGGGCGUGCCGGAGAUCGAGCAGAGAUUGAAGGCGUUGGCCCUCGCCUGGUCGGAGCUGCAGGCACUGGCUGGUGAACGCGGCGCCAAGCUGCAGCAAUCGCUGGCGUACCAGCAGUUCCUAGCUAAAGUUGACGAAGAAGAGGCAUGGAUCAGCGAGAAACAGCAGCUGGUGGUGGUGAGCGAGUGCGGCGACAGCAUGGCGGCGGUGCAGGGCCUGCUGAAGAAGCACGAGGCCCUCGAGGCGGAGCUGGCCGCGAGAGGCGAGCGGGUGCGCGAGCUGACCGCAGACGGGGAGCGGCUGCUGGCGGAAGGCAACCUGCACGCCGACGCGCUAUCCCACCGGCUGCACGCGCUACAGGCGAAAUUGGACAAGCUGACCGCGUUGGCGGCCCGCCGCAAGGCCGCGCUGGUGGACAACUCUGCUUACCUGCAACUGCUGUGGAAGGCUGACGUGGUGGAGUCCUGGAUCGCAGACAAGGAGACGCACGUGCGGUCGGACGAGUUCGGCCGCGACCUCUCCACCGUUCAGACGCUGCUCACCAAACAGGACACCUUCGACGCCGGUCUCGCGGCGUUCGAACACGAGGGCAUCCAGAACAUCACCCAGCUGAAGGAGCAGCUGGUGGCAGCUGGGCACGAGCAAGCCGCCGCCAUCAGCAAGCGCCACGGUGACGUGCUGGCGCGCUGGCAACGCCUCCUGGCUGACUCGGCCGCGCGCAAGCAGCGCCUGCUGCAGCUGCAAGAGCAGUUCCGUCAGAUCGAGGAGCUGUACCUCACCUUCGCCAAGAAGGCUUCUGCUUUCAACUCUUGGUUUGAAAACGCGGAAGAGGACCUCACAGACCCUGUGCGCUGCAACUCAAUCGAGGAGAUCCGAGCCUUGCGGGACGCUCAUGCUCAGUUCCAGGCUUCGCUGUCCUCAGCUCAGAGCGACUUCGCGGCGUUGGCAGCCCUGGACGAGCAGAUCAAGUCGUUUAACGUCGGUGCCAACCCUUACACCUGGUUCACCAUGGAGGCGCUCGAAGAGACCUGGCGUAAUCUGCGCAAAAUUAUUGCGGAAAGGGACGUCGAGCUUACCAAGGAGGCCCAGCGCCAGGAGGAGAACGACAAACUGCGCAAGGAAUUCGCCAAACACGCUAACGCUUUCCACCAGUGGCUCACCGAGACUCGUACUUCCAUGAUGGAAGGCACCGGUUCGCUGGAGCAGCAGCUGGCAACACUGAAACAGCGUGCCGGCGAGGUGCGCGCACGUCGAGCAGAUCUACGCAGACUUGAAGAGCUGGGCGCAGCAUUGGAGGAGCACUUGAUCCUUGACAAUCGUUACACCGAGCACAGCACAGUGGGUCUGGCCCAGCAGUGGGAUCAACUGGAUCAGCUGUCCAUGCGGAUGCAGCACAACUUGGAACAGCAGAUACAGGCCAGGAACCACUCUGGCGUGAGCGAGGACGCGCUUAAGGAGUUCUCGAUGAUGUUCAAACACUUCGACAAGGACCGUUCCGGGCGGCUCAACCACCACGAGUUCAAGUCCUGCCUGCGCGCGCUCGGCUACGACCUGCCCAUGGUCGAGGAGGGACAGCCGGACCCCGAAUUCGAAGCCAUCCUCAAUGUGGUGGAUCCUAAUCGCGACGGGCAAGUGUCGCUGCAGGAGUACAUGGCGUUCAUGAUAAGCAAGGAGACAGAGAACGUUCACUCUUCAGAGGAGAUCGAGAACGCCUUCCGCGCCAUCACCGCCCACCAGGACCGCGCUUACGUCACCAAGGAUGAGCUCUAUGCUAACCUCACCAAGGAGAUGGCGGACUACUGCGUCGCUCGUAUGAAACCCUACGUCGAACCGAAGACCGAGCGGCCCAUCCCGAACGCCCUCGACUACAUCGACUUCACGCGCACGCUUUUCCAGAAU